GAAUUGGAGAUACACGGCAGAAAGGAAAUCAUUUUCCUUGGGCUACAAGAUAGCGCACACGCUCGGAGAGAACACCACACGGAUUGGAAGAGGCGAGAAAAGCAAGGAGACUGAAAUAAAAAGAAAGCAUUUGUUUAUCUUGGGAGUUAUUUUGUUACGGGAGAAGAGAGGAAUAAUAUAUGACCAAGAAACGGGAUUCGUGUCAUUUCCAACAAUAGAUUUUUUCCCUUCAUCGAAAACGAGAUGGCGAAGUAGCGGAAUGUGUAAUUAGGAGGAGCCACAUUUAGAUGUUUUUCAGUUAAGGCGCACGGAUUUGUUUGGAAUUUUGAAAGACUAUUUUCGGUUUGCUGAAUCAAGAACCGUGGGUGGAUGGGCAUUUGUGAUCGGGGUUAGAAUCCGUCUGUUUUGUUAAUGCAUAUUCUUGCCAUAAUCGAACAAUACAGCGAGUUUAUUUCAUUGUUAGCGUAGACACGAAUCGUACAGAUUGUUGCCGAUGACUCAUAGGCUACGUUGAAUUCAGGGUCUACCUUUAUCCUGCCAUAACUAGCUAAUUGUUCUACGCAGGCUUUAAACGAAGCAAGCUAUUUACGAAUAGGUAAUGGUAAAAUAAAAUAUAUAAAUGUAUACAGACAAAUGCCGCGGAGACUCUUAAGUGUUAUUCCUAGCACGUUGUUUGGAUUGAAUCCGUACCUUAAUUACGUCCAGGCCUAUAUAGCUAAUUAACAAACAGUGUAGGCCUUGACUAAGUGACUACAGUGUUGCAUAAAACUGGAAUUAUUAUUCCGAAACCUAAUAUCAGUAGAACUGUUUGUCUUUGCAGUUUUUUUCUUGGCGUCUAGAUAGGGAAAAUGAAUGCAUAGUUAGCCUAUUUAAUAUAAUGCAAACCUACCGAUAAGCAAUCACGCGUGUACUGUGGCUAAUGGAUAAGUUAUUCUUUAAAAUCUGACAUUUUGUAGUAGAUAAAACGUUGUAAUACGGUUCCAUGUUGUUCAGUAGAUCACAGAAUUAAACCAGUGUGAACGGAAGAGAGGAGGUUACUGAGCUUGUUAUUGGGGCUGAGAGAGCUAACGUUGCAUCUAAGAAAGGUUAGGCUACAUUACAGAGAGGGGACACGCUAAAACGGGAAGGGGUGUUAGGUAAAAUAGAUACGGGGGGAGAAUCGUUCAAUGUUAAUGUCGACCGACGUCGCUUCAAUUAUGCUUCCCGUUACCCGGGGAAUCAUGGACCGGGAAAGGGACAUGGACACAACAGUCGGAGCACACACGAACCCGGCUGGAGGCGCAGCCCCUGUUCGGGGGAUGAAACGAGGAGACCCGGAGCCAGACGCACAAUCAGCAGCCACCUUGAGUGAAUUAGCUGGGGCGGAGUGCAAACGACCACGGAUAGACGGAUCUACCAGUGUCGGUGAGGUCGGGCAGAACAAUGACCCCUUGACCCCUGGUUUCCUUGGAUACCCACCUCACAGUCAGGGCUCGCAAGAUUCGACAGGGGGUCAAGAGGGGCUCGUGCCACCCUUCUCUGCUUACCCGCCCCCGCCCCCUCCCCAGAAUGGGCUGGGGGCAGAAUUCGGUGGCAGUUUGUUUGGGGCCGGAGGACAGGGUCCCGCGGAGGCCGGGGCCGGGGCGAACGGCUCGCCGAACACCCCCAGCAGCCUCAGCGCGCCGCAGACAGAUGGCAGUUCUCCAGUGGAGGUGGGCGGUCAGUGCGGGACGGGGGCGGGCGGAGUCGUGGCAGCUGGAGGCGGAGCGGGAGACUCCGCGGAUUCCAAGGGGACCCCGAAACGUCUCCAUGUCUCCAACAUCCCCUUCCGCUUCCGGGACCCUGACCUCAGGCAGAUGUUUGGGCAAUUUGGAAAAAUCCUGGACGUUGAGAUCAUUUUCAACGAGAGGGGGUCAAAGGGUUUCGGUUUUGUGACGUUUGAGGCGAGUGCGGAUGCUGAGAAGGCCAGGGAGCGGCUCCACGGUACUCUGGUGGAGGGGCGCAAGAUUGAGGUGAACAACGCUACGGCCAGGGUAAUGACCAAUAAGAAGAUGGUCAGUCCUUACCCUAAUGGAGAGGCUCUCAGCACACUGCCCUACGCGGGGUGGAAGCUCAGUCCAAUGGUGGGAGCCAUGUACGGGCCAGAGCUCUAUGCAGUUCCGGGGUUCCCGUACCCCUCGGCGGCGGCCGCUGCCUCCACGGCCGCGGCGGCGGCUUUUCGGGGCGCCCACCUGAGGGGGCGGGGCCGCCCCGUUUACAGCGCCGUCCGCGCCGCCGUGCCGCAGCCCGCCAUCCCCACCUACCCUGGUGUGGUGUAUCAGGAUGGGUUUUAUGGAGCUGCAGACCUGUAUGGAGGUUAUGCAGCCUAUCGCUACGCUCAGCCUGCUGCUGUAACCGGGGCAACAGCUGCUGCAGCAGCAGCCGCCUAUAGUGACAGCUAUGGCAGAGUAUACACGGCAGACCCCUACCACGCCCUGGCACCUGCCGCGGCUGCCGCCUACGGUGUGAGCGCCAUGGCUAGUCUGUACCGGGGUGGAUACAGUAGAUUUGCUCCGUACUAAAACUCCGCCCCUCCCCCACCACACCCCUUUUUGGAUUCCCCGGGCGUCCGAUCCCUCCUCCACACUCAUCCAGAAGCUCUCUCCCUGGCUCUCAUUACUACUUGUGGGUUUCUUUUUUUCUUUUUGGAUGAACGUAUUUAAUGAAGAUGGAUCAGCUUUUGAUGGGCUAGUGUCUAGUUAACUGGGCUCUGUGACGUCAUUCACCGGGAGAGGGAACCGUAACGUUUGCCAGGUGACACCUGUGAAAUGCCAAGAAAGCUACCAAACACAACGCACCUGCAAAACUAGUUCAGCACCACAAUUUCCCUCUAUCUGGCAACCUCCUUAUGAGGAUCAGAUCUACAGCUGUAGAUUCUACAGUCAGUUAUAUACACACAUAAACACACACACACACGCAGUUACACACUCAGCGAGCUCGCCCAUCUCAGGCUCACUGGAGACUACACUACAUUCUGACCUGCAGACUGUCCUGCUGUCUGCAGGUUUGUUUCAAAUUUUGAGGAAGGUUAAUAUAAGCCAGUGUUUUAUUUUCAUUUUUAUUGCUGCUUAGGCAACUUUCUCUUUCAUUUCCAUUAGCAAAAUGAAAAGGCUGCCCUGUCAUAUUGAUUUAAAGUGAAGGACGAACUCGGUCUGCCUCUGUCCUCCUAACAAACAUCUGCACUGAACACCCGACAUGCUCACGAUUCAGAAACACGCAUUCUACGCUGACAGGAAAAUGGAUGACUAAAUUGGAGCGACCCUGGUAGUAAAAAUGUGUAAUGACAAAUAUGGAACCAUGGCGACACCAGAAUGGACUUUGGAGCAUCAGGAUGACGCAAUGGAGGAGGGACAAUGCAACGACUCGGAAAUUGAACGAAAUGACACGAGCUGAGCGAGGAACUUUCCAGAACAGUGGAAGGCAGCAAACGGGUGUGUUCCCGCUGUUUGUCCCCCGAAGAGGACGGGGAUGAAACGCGUCUCCCCCGGCAACACCAAGCUAGAUUGAAAAUGACAAGGAAAAAACUAACGAGAAAAGACUUGUUUUUGUUCCGCAUUACCUCAUUUUUUUUUCUAUAUGGAAUAAAUAUCAUAAAACAUUAAUGAUGAUAAAAAAUCUAAUCAGUGGAAUUGGAAUGAGUUAACCACCAAAAUGAAAAGAUUAUUAUUAUUAUAAUUAUAUUAUUAUCACAUUUUCCAGUUAAUUAUUCCUCAUUAUCGCUGGUUAUUAGUAUUACAGAUAUGACUAUUAUGGCUGUUGAUGUUUCAGUUAUAUUACAGUGACACAAGUAUUCUGACCUGAAUCAUGCAUUCUCAUAACACACAUGGGUACACACUACCGUUUUACUGAAGAUUACUGAAUAUAGUACGCAGUUUAUUAGUGGAACAAAGAGGGGGGGAGAGACUCAAGGAGCUUCUAGAGAAUUCUUUGAACCCUUUUCUCUGUGGGACUACAUUCCAUUUCAGUUAGGGUCAAUAUUUUACGUCAAAUGGGUCGGGGAAGCAAGGUGUGCUGGUCAAACUCGGUCAAAAAACCUUUUAAUUGACAAGACCUCAACCACCCAAAGUUUGAACGACUGACGGUUAACUCAGGGCUUGAGAGAAGUCGUCGGACGCAAACGUUACAGACGUACCCUUUAAAAUGCCAUUUGCAAUUUUUGUUCUGCUUUCUGUCAAUUAAUGACACUAACCCUCCCCCCCCAGAAAGUGGAACAGUCCCAUUUGUGUCCUUAAGACAGACCCUCUUUUCAGGAGUUUUUGUGUGAAUGGUUUAGUCUGGUAUGUCAGUCAGUCACUGCCUAUUGCUUUUACAGAGGAUGUGACAAUGUAUAAAUAGUCUUUGUUGUAGUAUUAUGUAUAUCUCCAUUUACUCUGAAUAUGUUAUCACUGCUUUUCUUUUGGUUCCAAAGAUUCUUAAAAAGCACAUUUUUGGUCAAGUGUAUACACAUUAUUGUACUUUUUCAUGAUUGUUGUUGCUGUUAUUUUAGCUCAUGUUAUAUUUUUUUGUUUGUUAAACUUGUAGUUUUUUCUCAGAAUACGUUCCCUUCAGUCUGUUGUGUGUUCAGAAGGUUUGUGGAAUUUCAACCGCACUAUGGAAGAGAACGAGAAAGCGGGAUUGGGAGUUUUGGUGGCGGUGCGGUUCUGAUGAUGAAUCCCGACCGUUGUAACAAUUUAAGGAACAUCACCGGAAUGUCAUGUAGUGCGACGGCAGGGUUUAACAUUUGGAGUCCGUGCAGAUUCGGAACACUAAAGUAGUGUUUUAGGUGUAUGUGUGCGCGAUUGCGUGUUAACGUGCACAGAUGGAGAGAGGAUUGCAGGUAGACUGCAUCAUUAACUGUCCAAUGUGUGGGCAGGUAACUUGAGAUGGCUGGAUAUGAGGAGGAGAAUAAAUGUGGGGGGUAGAUGAAUUUAGGAAGAAUCAAAUGUUAAUCCUGUCACAUUUAAGUACCGGCUGGUUUUUAAAAUUCUAUUGUUUUUUUAAAGUGGACUGAACCAUCUUCAGGCGCAGUAGGGGGAGGGGAACAGGAUCGAGCCAUAUUUCAAUAUUUGAGUUCAUUGAAGUUACUUGCUGAAGUAACGAGUGAAAAAUUUGAAUUUAGUCGUUUUUAAAAUGUACAAAAAUUGUGAAAUUGCCAGGGUCUGUUUUUAAAUCUGGUCAAACCUCUUUGGUCACAUGACAAGGGGGCAUUUCAAGGCUGAACUGCAGGAGCUCUGAGGCCUAAACCACAUUUAUGGGUAAAAGAUGUGGCUGCAUGGACUAUUCCGUUGGUGAAAGUCGUGUCAUGUUUUUAAAGUAUUAAUAAAAGGUUAUGAUUGUA